AUGGGGAGACGGCGGCGGCUGUGUCUCCAGCCCUACUUCGUGUGGCUGGGCUGCGUGGCGAUCUGGGCGCAGGGCACCGCCGGCCAGCCCCAGCCUCCGCCGCCCAAGCCGCCCCGGCCCCAGCCGCCGCCGCAACAGGUUCGGCCCGCGGCAGCAGGCUCUGAAGGCGGGUUUGCGGUGCCCGAGUACCGGGAGGAGGGCGCCGCGGCGGCCAGCCGCGUCCGCAGGCGAGGACAGCAGGACGUGCUCCGAGGGCCCAACGUGUGCGGAUCGAGGUUCCACUCCUACUGCUGUCCAGGAUGGAAGACGCUCCCUGGAGGAAACCAAUGCAUUGUCCCAAUUUGUAGAAAUAGUUGUGGAGAUGGAUUUUGUUCCCGUCCUAAUAUGUGUACUUGUUCCAGUGGCCAAAUAUCACCGACUUGUGGAUCAAAAUCAAUUCAGCAGUGCAGCGUUAGAUGUAUGAAUGGUGGGACCUGUGCAGAUGACCAUUGCCAGUGCCAGAAGGGAUAUAUCGGAACUUACUGUGGACAACCUGUCUGUGAAAAUGGAUGUCAGAACGGUGGUCGUUGUAUUGGACCAAACCGCUGUGCUUGUGUUUAUGGAUUCACUGGUCCACAGUGUGAAAGAGAUUAUAGGACAGGCCCGUGUUUCACGCAGGUCAACAACCAGAUGUGCCAAGGGCAGCUGACAGGCAUUGUCUGCACAAAGACUCUGUGCUGUGCCACCAUUGGACGGGCCUGGGGCCACCCCUGUGAGAUGUGUCCGGCCCAGCCUCAGCCCUGCCGACGGGGCUUCAUCCCCAACAUCCGCACUGGAGCUUGCCAAGAUGUUGAUGAAUGCCAAGCUAUUCCUGGGAUAUGUCAGGGAGGAAACUGCAUCAAUACAGUGGGCUCUUUUGAAUGCAAAUGCCCUGCUGGUCACAAGCAGAGUGAAACUACUCAGAAAUGUGAAGACAUCGAUGAGUGCAGCGUCAUUCCUGGGAUAUGUGAAACUGGUGAAUGUUCCAACACUGUGGGAAGCUAUUUUUGCGUUUGUCCACGUGGAUACGUAACUUCGACAGAUGGCUCUCGGUGCAUCGAUCAAAGAACAGGCACGUGUUUCUCGGGCCUAGUGAAUGGUCGUUGUGCACAAGAACUCCCUGGCAGAAUGACAAAAAUGCAGUGCUGCUGUGAGCCUGGCCGCUGCUGGGGCCUUGGAACCAUUCCUGAAGCCUGUCCCGUCAGAGGCUCUGAGGAAUACCGCAGACUUUGCAUGGAUGGACUUCCAAUAGGAGGGAUUCCAGGGAGUGCUGGUUCCAGACCUGGAGGCACUGGGGGGAAUGGCUUUGCCCCAAGUGGCAAUGGCAAUGGCUAUGGCCCAGGAGGGGCAGGCUUCAUCCCCAUCCCUGGAAGCAAUGGCUUUUCUCCCGGCGUUGGGGGAGCGGGUGUAGGGGCCGGGGGACAGGGGCCCAUCAUCACCGGACUAACUAUUUUGAACCAGACAAUAGAUAUCUGUAAGCACCAUGCUAAUCUCUGUUUAAAUGGACGCUGCAUACCUACCGUUUCUAGCUACCGAUGUGAAUGCAACAUGGGCUAUAAGCAAGAUGCAAACGGGGAUUGCAUAGAUGUUGAUGAAUGCACAUCAAAUCCCUGCACUAAUGGAGAUUGUGUUAACACACCUGGAUCCUAUUAUUGUAAAUGUCAUGCUGGAUUCCAGAGGACUCCUACGAAGCAGGCAUGCAUCGAUAUUGACGAGUGCAUCCAGAAUGGAGUUCUUUGUAAAAACGGUCGAUGUGUUAACACAGAUGGAAGUUUCCAGUGCAUUUGCAAUGCCGACUUUGAAUUAACUACAGAUGGAAAAAACUGUGUUGAUCAUGAUGAAUGUACAACUACCAACAUGUGUUUGAAUGGGAUGUGCAUUAAUGAAGAUGGCAGCUUCAAGUGCAUCUGCAAACCAGGAUUUGUCUUGGCUCCAAAUGGGCGUUACUGUACUGAUGUUGACGAGUGCCAGACCCCAGGAAUCUGCAUGAAUGGGCAUUGUAUCAACAAUGAAGGGUCCUUCCGCUGUGACUGCCCCCCAGGCCUGGCUGUGGGUGUGGACGGACGUGUGUGUGUCGAUACUCACAUGCGCAGUACAUGCUAUGGUGGAAUCAAGAAGGGAGUGUGUGUCCGUCCUUUCCCGGGUGCAGUGACCAAGUCUGAAUGCUGCUGUGCCAACCCAGACUAUGGUUUUGGAGAGCCCUGCCAGCCAUGUCCUGCUAAAAAUUCAGCUGAAUUCCAUGGUCUUUGUAGUAGUGGAGUAGGUAUCACAGUGGAUGGAAGAGAUAUCAAUGAAUGUGCAUUGGAUCCCGAUAUAUGUGCCAAUGGAAUUUGUGAAAACUUACGUGGUAGUUACCGUUGCAAUUGCAACAGUGGCUAUGAACCAGAUGCCUCUGGAAGAAACUGUAUUGACAUCGAUGAGUGCUUGGUGAACAGGCUGCUCUGUGACAAUGGCCUGUGCCGAAACACACCUGGAAGUUACAGUUGUACGUGCCCACCUGGGUAUGUGUUCAGGACUGAAACAGAGACGUGUGAAGAUAUAAAUGAAUGUGAAAGCAACCCAUGUGUCAAUGGGGCCUGCAGGAACAACCUUGGAUCUUUCAACUGUGAAUGUUCUCCUGGCAGCAAACUCAGCUCAACAGGACUGAUCUGUAUUGACAGCCUGAAAGGGACAUGUUGGCUCAAUAUCCAGGACAGCCGCUGUGAGGUGAACAUUAAUGGGGCCACUUUGAAAUCGGAAUGCUGUGCGACCCUCGGCGCGGCCUGGGGGAGCCCCUGUGAGCGCUGUGAGCUAGAUACAGCUUGCCCAAGAGGCUUUGCCAGAAUUAAAGGUGUUUCUUGUGAAGACGUUAAUGAGUGUGAGGUGUUUCCUGGCGUUUGUCCAAAUGGACGCUGUGUCAAUAGCAAAGGAUCUUUUCACUGUGAGUGUCCUGACGGCCUUACAUUGGAUGGAACUGGCCGUGUGUGCUUGGAUAUCCGCAUGGAGCAGUGUUACUUGAGGUGGGAUGAGGAUGAGUGCGUCCAUCCUGUUCCCGGGAAGUUCCGCAUGGACGCCUGCUGCUGUGCGGUUGGGGCAGCCUGGGGCACUGAGUGUGAGGAAUGCCCCAGACCUGGCACCAAGGAGUAUGACACCCUGUGCCCCAGAGGACCUGGCUUUGCUAACAGAGGGGAUGUUCUUACUGGGAGGCCAUUUUACAAAGAUAUCAACGAAUGCAAAGCUUUUCCUGGCAUGUGCACCUAUGGAAAGUGCAGAAAUACCAUUGGAAGUUUCAAGUGCCGUUGCAAUAGUGGCUUUGCUCUAGACAUGGAGGAAAGAAACUGCACGGAUAUCGACGAGUGCAGGAUUUCUCCUGAUCUCUGUGGAAGUGGAAUCUGUGUCAACACACCAGGCAGCUUUGAGUGUGAGUGCUUCGAAGGCUAUGAAAGCGGGUUCAUGAUGAUGAAGAACUGCAUGGACAUUGACGAAUGUGAACGUAACCCUCUCCUUUGUAGGGGUGGCACCUGUGUGAACACUGAGGGCAGCUUUCAGUGUGACUGCCCACUGGGACACGAGCUGUCACCGUCACGUGAGGACUGUGUGGAUAUUAAUGAGUGCUCUCUGAGUGACAAUCUAUGUAGAAAUGGAAAAUGCGUGAACAUGAUUGGAACUUAUCAGUGCUCCUGCAAUCCUGGUUACCAGGCCACACCAGACCGGCAGGGCUGUACAGAUAUUGACGAAUGUAUGAUAAUGAAUGGAGGCUGUGACACCCAGUGCACCAAUUCAGAAGGAAGCUACGAAUGCAGCUGCAGCGAAGGUUAUGCCCUGAUGCCAGAUGGGAGAUCGUGCGCAGAUAUCGAUGAAUGUGAAAAUAAUCCCGAUAUCUGUGAUGGUGGCCAAUGUACCAACAUUCCUGGAGAGUAUCGCUGUCUGUGCUAUGAUGGCUUCAUGGCGUCAAUGGACAUGAAAACAUGCAUUGAUGUGAAUGAGUGUGACUUAAACUCAAACAUCUGCAUGUUUGGGGAAUGUGAGAACACCAAGGGAUCCUUCAUUUGCCAUUGUCAGCUGGGUUAUUCAGUGAAGAAGGGGACCACAGGAUGCACAGACGUGGAUGAGUGUGAAAUCGGUGCCCACAAUUGCGACAUGCACGCCUCAUGCCUAAACGUCCCAGGAAGCUUCAAAUGUAGCUGCAGAGAAGGCUGGAUUGGAAAUGGUAUCAAAUGCAUUGAUCUGGACGAAUGUUCUAAUGGGACCCACCAGUGUAGCGUCAACGCUCAGUGUGUCAAUACCCCAGGCUCCUAUCGAUGUGCCUGCUCUGAAGGGUUCACUGGAGAUGGCUUUACCUGCUCAGAUGUUGAUGAGUGCGCAGAAAACAUAAAUCUCUGUGAGAAUGGACAAUGCCUCAAUGUCCCGGGUGCAUAUCGCUGCGAGUGUGAGAUGGGCUUCACUCCAGCUUCGGACAGCAGAUCCUGCCAAGAUAUUGAUGAAUGCUCCUUCCAAAAUAUUUGUGUCUUUGGCACAUGUAAUAAUUUGCCUGGAAUGUUUCAUUGUAUCUGUGAUGAUGGUUAUGAAUUGGACAGAACAGGAGGGAACUGUACAGAUAUUGAUGAAUGUGCAGAUCCCAUAAACUGUGUUAAUGGCCUAUGUGUCAACACACCUGGUCGCUAUGAGUGUAACUGCCCACCUGAUUUCCAGCUGAACCCCACCGGUGUGGGUUGUGUGGACAACCGCGUGGGCAACUGCUACCUGAAGUUCGGUCCUCGAGGAGACGGGAGUCUGUCUUGCAACACAGAGAUUGGAGUGGGCGUCAGUCGCUCCUCCUGCUGCUGCUCUCUUGGGAAGGCCUGGGGGAACCCCUGUGAGACGUGCCCCCCUGUCAAUAGCACUGAAUAUUACACCCUGUGUCCUGGAGGUGAGGGCUUCAGACCUAACCCCAUCACAAUCAUCUUAGAAGAUAUUGAUGAAUGCCAGGAGUUACCAGGUCUCUGCCAGGGAGGAAACUGCAUCAACACUUUUGGGAGCUUCCAGUGCGAGUGCCCACAAGGCUACUACCUCAGCGAGGAAACCCGCAUCUGUGAAGAUAUUGAUGAGUGUUUUGCACAUCCUGGUGUGUGUGGGCCAGGGACCUGCUACAACACCCUGGGAAAUUACACCUGCAUUUGCCCACCUGAAUACAUGCAGGUCAAUGGAGGCCACAACUGCAUGGACAUGAGAAAAAGCUUUUGCUACCGAAGCUACAAUGGAACCACUUGUGAAAACGAGUUGCCUUUUAAUGUGACAAAGAGGAUGUGCUGCUGCACAUACAAUGUGGGCAAAGCCUGGAACAAACCUUGUGAACCAUGCCCAACACCAGGAACAGCUGACUUUAAAACCAUAUGUGGAAAUAUUCCUGGAUUCACCUUUGACAUUCACACAGGAAAAGCUGUUGACAUUGAUGAAUGUAAAGAGAUUCCAGGCAUUUGUGCAAAUGGCGUGUGCAUCAACCAGAUUGGCAGUUUCCGCUGUGAGUGCCCUACUGGAUUCAGUUACAAUGACCUGCUCCUGGUCUGUGAAGAUAUUGAUGAAUGCAGCAAUGGCGAUAAUCUGUGCCAGCGAAAUGCAGACUGCAUCAAUAGCCCUGGCAGUUACCGCUGUGAAUGUGCUGCGGGUUUCAAACUCUCACCCAACGGAGCCUGUGUGGAUCGCAAUGAAUGUUUAGAAAUUCCUAAUGUUUGUAGUCAUGGCCUGUGUGUUGAUUUGCAAGGAAGUUACCAGUGCAUCUGCCACAAUGGCUUUAAGGCGUCUCAGGACCAGACCAUGUGCAUGGAUGUAGACGAGUGUGAGCGGCAUCCGUGUGGAAAUGGGACUUGUAAAAACACUGUUGGGUCCUAUAACUGUCUCUGCUACCCGGGAUUUGAACUUACUCAUAAUAACGAUUGUCUGGACAUCGAUGAGUGCAGUUCCUUUUUUGGUCAAGUGUGCAGAAAUGGACGGUGUUUUAAUGAAAUUGGCUCCUUCAAGUGUUUAUGUAAUGAAGGUUAUGAACUUACUCCAGAUGGCAAGAACUGUAUAGAUACUAAUGAGUGUGUUGCCCUUCCCGGCUCUUGUUCUCCUGGUACCUGUCAGAAUCUGGAGGGAUCUUUCAGAUGCAUCUGUCCCCCGGGGUAUGAAGUAAAAAGCGAGAACUGUAUCGAUACUCGCCAGAGCUUCUGCUUCACAAACUUUGAAAAUGAAAAGUGUUCUGUACCCAAAGCUUUCAACACCACAAAGGCAAAAUGCUGCUGUAGUAAGAUGCCGGGAGAGGGCUGGGGGGACCCCUGUGAGCUGUGCCCCAAAGAUGAUGAAGAUACUCGCCAGAGCUUCUGCUUCACAAACUUUGAAAAUGGAAAGUGUUCUGUACCCAAAGCUUUCAACACCACAAAGGCAAAAUGCUGCUGUAGUAAGAUGCCGGGAGAGGGCUGGGGGGACCCCUGUGAGCUGUGCCCCAAAGAUGAUGAAGUUGCAUUCCAGGACUUGUGUCCUUAUGGCCAUGGAACUGUUCCUAGUCUCCAUGAUACCCGUGAAGAUGUCAAUGAAUGUCUCGAGAGCCCAGGCAUUUGUUCCAAUGGUCAGUGUAUAAACACAGACGGAUCUUUUCGCUGUGAAUGCCCAAUGGGUUACAACCUUGAUUACACUGGAGUUCGCUGUGUGGAUACUGAUGAAUGUUCAAUCGGCAACCCGUGUGGAAAUGGUACAUGCACCAAUGUUAUUGGGAGUUUUGAAUGCAAUUGCAAUGAAGGCUUUGAGCCAGGACCCAUGAUGAAUUGUGAAGAUAUCAAUGAGUGUGCCCAGAACCCACUGCUCUGUGCUUUCCGCUGCAUGAACACCUUCGGGUCCUAUGAAUGCACGUGCCCAAUUGGCUACGCCCUCAGGGAAGACCAGAAAAUGUGUAAAGACUUGGACGAAUGUGCCGAAGGACUUCAUGACUGCGAAUCUAGAGGCAUGAUGUGUAAGAAUUUGAUAGGCACCUUCAUGUGUAUCUGCCCACCUGGGAUGACCCGAAGGCCCGAUGGAGAAGGCUGUGUAGAUGAAAAUGAAUGCAGAACCAAGCCAGGAAUAUGUGAAAAUGGACGUUGUGUUAACACUAUUGGGAGCUAUAGGUGCGAGUGUAAUGAAGGGUUUCAGUCAAGUUCCUCAGGCACUGAAUGCCUCGACAAUCGACAGGGACUCUGCUUUGCAGAGGUAUUGCAGACAAUGUGUCAAAUGGCAUCCAGCAGCCGCAACCUUGUCACAAAGUCAGAAUGCUGCUGUGAUGGGGGGCGAGGCUGGGGUCACCAGUGUGAGCUUUGCCCACUUCCUGGAACUGCCCAGUACAAAAAGAUAUGUCCCCAUGGCCCAGGAUACACCACUGAUGGAAGAGAUAUUGAUGAAUGUAAGGUUAUGCCCAACCUCUGCACUAAUGGCCAGUGCAUCAAUACCAUGGGCUCGUUCCGGUGCUUCUGCAAGGUUGGCUACACCACAGACAUCAGCGGAACCUCCUGUGUGGAUCUUGAUGAAUGCUCCCAGUCCCCUAAACCGUGCAACUUCAUCUGCAAGAACACGGAGGGGAGUUACCAGUGCUCAUGUCCACGGGGAUAUGUCCUGCAGGAGGAUGGGAAGACAUGCAAAGACCUCGAUGAAUGUCAGACCAAACAGCACAAUUGCCAGUUCCUCUGUGUCAACACGCUAGGAGGUUUUACUUGUAAAUGUCCGCCUGGUUUCACACAGCAUCACACUGCUUGUAUUGACAACAAUGAAUGUGGGUCUCAGCCCUCUCUUUGCGGAGCAAAGGGGAUCUGUCAAAACACCCCUGGAAGUUUCAGCUGUGAAUGCCAAAGAGGAUUCUCUCUUGAUGCCACCGGACUCAACUGUGAAGAUGUCGAUGAAUGUGAUGGAAACCAUAGGUGCCAACAUGGCUGCCAGAACAUCCUGGGAGGCUACAGGUGUGGUUGCCCCCAAGGAUAUAUUCAGCAUUACCAGUGGAAUCAGUGUGUCGACGAGAAUGAAUGCUCCAAUCCGAAUGCCUGUGGCUCUGCUUCCUGCUACAACACCCUGGGGAGUUACAAGUGUGCCUGCCCCUCGGGAUUCUCCUUCGACCAGUUCUCCAGUGCCUGCCACGAUGUGAAUGAGUGCUCCUCCUCCAAGAACCCGUGCAACUACGGCUGCUCCAACACAGAGGGGGGCUACCUCUGCGGCUGCCCUCCUGGGUACUACAGAGUGGGACAGGGCCACUGUGUAUCAGGAAUGGGAUUUAACAAAGGGCAGUACCUGCCACUGGAUGCAGAAGUUGAUGAGGAAAACGCUCUGUCCCCGGAAGCAUGCUAUGAGUGCAAAAUCAACGGCUACUCUAAGAAAGACAGCAGACAGAAGAGAAAUAUUCACGAGCCUGAACCCACUGCUGUGGAACAGACCAGCCUGGAAAGUGUUGACAUGGACAGCCCCGUGAAAAUGAAGUUCAACCUCUCUGGCCUUGGCUCUGAGGAGCACAUCUUGGAACUCAUGCCCGCCAUCGAGCCUCUCAAUAAUCACAUCCGCUAUGUCAUCUCCCAAGGGAACGAUGAUGGCAUCUUUCGCAUCCACCAAAGGAAUGGGCUCAGCUACCUGCACACAGCCAAGAGGAAGCUGGUGCCCGGCACACACACACUGGAAAUCACUAGCAUCCGUCUCUACAAGAAGAAGGAGCUUAAAAAACUGGAAGACAGCAAUGAGGACGACUACCUCCUAGGGGAGCUCGGGGAGGCUCUCAGAAUGAGGCUGCAGAUUCAGCUCUAUUAA